GCUGCUAAACAGAGUCGCUAGCUAGCUUACAUGAGUGUAAGGUGUUAAGGACGUAUCAGCGUAUUACCAUUUGAUCGUUUGACUGCCAUUUGACAGUUUGCAGUAAAUACUUAAAAGGAGGUGAUACGGUUGCUGUAAGGUUUUGCCAGCAAUAAAAAUGAAGUUGAACAUAGAGGGGUUGUUAGUCUAUUUCCCAUAUGACUACAUUUACCCGGAACAAUACUCUUAUAUGCUUGAACUCAAGAGGACACUGGAUGCUAAGGGUCAUGGAGUCCUAGAGAUGCCUUCAGGUACUGGGAAGACCAUCUCGCUCUUGUCGCUGAUCGUUGCUUAUCAGAAGGCUUACCCUCUUGAGGUCACCAAAUUGAUCUACUGCUCUCGAACUGUGCCUGAGAUAGAGAAGGUAGUGGAGGAACUGAGGAAACUGAUGGACUUCUAUACCAAGGAAACCGGAGAGAAAAAUAACUUCCUUGCACUGGCCUUGUCUUCAAGAAAAAAUCUGUGUAUCCACCCUGAGGUUAGCUCCUUGCGCUUUGGAAAAGAGGUGGAUGGAAAAUGUCACAGUCUGACAGCAUCAUAUAUUCGAGCCGAGCGUCACAGUAACCCUAGCCAACCUGUCUGCCGCUUCUAUGAGGAGUUUGAUGCUGUGGGCAGGCAGGUCCCCAUUCCACCUGGAAUUUACAACCUAGAUGACCUGAAAGAGUUUGGCCGUCGGAGAGGCUGGUGUCCAUACUACUUGGCUCGCUAUGCAAUUCUCCAUGCUAAUAUAGUUGUUUACAGCUACCAUUACCUUCUGGACCCAAAAAUCGCAGACCUGGUGUCUAAGGAACUUGCAAAGAAAUCUGUUGUUGUAUUUGAUGAAGCACACAACAUUGACAAUGUGUGCAUUGACUCGAUGAGCGUUAACAUCACCAGGAGGACACUAGACCGCUGCCAGGCCAACGUCGACACUCUGCAGACUACCAUUCGGAGGAUAAAGGAAACAGAUGCUGCUAAACUCCAAGAGGAGUACAGGAGAUUAGUGGAGGGGCUGAAAGAGACCAGUGCAGCCCGUGAAACUGACAUCUACAUGUCCAAUCCCAUCCUGCCAGAUGAGGUGCUCCAAGAGGCGGUCCCAGGUAACAUCCGCACAGCGGAACACUUUGUGGGCUUCCUGAAGCGUUUUCUGGAGUACCUGAAGGCUCGUCUGCGUGUGCACCACGUUGUGCAGGAGAGCUCCCCUCAGUUCCUCAAAGACAUCUUCGAGAAGGUGUGCAUCGACCGCAAGCCCCUCAGAUUCUGUGCAGAGAGGCUACGUUCAUUACUCAGAACCCUGGAGAUUGCAGACAUCGCUGAUUUUUCUGCCAUUACUCUGAUCUCUAAUUUUGCCACUCUGGUCAGCACAUACAGCAAAGGCUUCACUCUCAUCAUUGAGCCAUUUGAAGACAGAACUCCAACAAUAGCUAAUCCCGUUCUGCACUUUAGUUGUAUGGACCCCUCCAUUGCCAUAAAGCCGGUGUUCGAGCGGUUCCAGUCAGUCGUUAUUACCUCCGGGACUCUGUCUCCACUGGACAUCUAUCCCAGAAUCCUCGAUUUCCACCCCGUUACCAUGGCUUCCUUCACGAUGACUCUGGCACGCACCUGCCUUUGCCCUCUCAUUGUUGGGCGAGGGAAUGACCAAGUGGCCAUGAGUUCCAAGUUUGAGACCAGAGAAGAUUUUGCUGUGAUCCGCAACUAUGGCAACCUGCUUCUGGAAUUGUCUGCCGUUGUGCCUGAUGGAAUCGUAGCAUUUUUCACGAGCUACGUUUACAUGGAAAACAUUGUAGCUUCAUGGUAUGAGCAGGGAAUUCUGGAGAACAUCCAAAGGAACAAGCUCAUCUUCAUCGAGACACAAGAUGCAGCAGAGACCAGCGUGGCUCUGGAGAAGUAUCAGGAGGCCUGUGAAAAUGGCAGAGGUGCCAUUUUGCUGUCCGUGGCCAGAGGAAAAGUGUCUGAAGGGAUCGAUUUUGUUCAUCACUUUGGGCGAGCGGUGAUCAUGUUUGGAGUGCCAUAUGUGUACACCCAGAGCCGAAUACUCAAGGCCCGGCUGGAGUAUCUCCGAGACCAGUAUCAGAUUCGUGAGAAUGACUUCCUGACCUUCGAUGCCAUGCGCCAUGCAGCACAGUGCGUGGGCAGGGCCAUCCGCGGCAAGACAGACUACGGUCUCAUGAUCUUCGCUGACAAGCGGUACGCUCGGGCAGACAAGCGAGGGAAACUGCCCCGCUGGAUCCAGGAGCACAUCACAGACGGCAGCCUCAACCUGACCAUCGACGAAACCAUGCAGCUGGCCAAGCACUUCCUGCGGCAGAUGGCCCAGCCGUUCAGGCGGGAGGACCAGUUGGGCCUGUCCCUGCUGACCCUGGAACAGCUCCAGUCAGAGGAUAUGCUGCAGAAGAUCUCUCAGAUUGCGCAGCAGGCCUAGUGCUCACCUUGGAGCAUGGAGCACAUGGCUCAUGGUUCGAGCCCAGUCACCUGUAUAUAUUUUAUAAAUGGUUUGAUAUCGUUUUUUUUUUCAUGUUCCAAUGCAAUGGCAAAAAUAAAUGCUGAUAUUUUCCACAA